ACAACUAUGAAAUUAUUUUAGCAUUUAGAAGAUGAUAUAAAUCCGAGCUGCAAAGCGUUAGAAGAUCACAGAAAAAUUAAGUUUUCCACCACGAAUGCAUGCUCAGAAAGUUAUGUUUCUUCGCCGUGUUGCAUCGAAACUUACGCCUCUUCAAGGAAGUAGGUUCUUCAGCAGCAGCAAUGAUCUUUUUAAAUCUAUUCAAGAACUCAAUCAGGAAAUGGAAUCUGUGUUUGGUGAACCCCCUGCAUCUUCUGGUCUUGGUGGUUCUUUAGACACUCAAACUAUGUCUCAAGAAUCCCAUGUAGUAACCAAUGACGUAACACAAAAAGAAUCUUUUCCCGUCUUGACGCAUAUUGGUAGUAAAGGUGAAGCCCAAAUGGUUGAUGUCUCCUCAAAGGAGAUUACCAAGAGAAUUGCUAGUGCAAGCUGCAAAGUUCUUUUAGGACAAAAGGUAUUUGAUUUAGUCUCGGCCAAUCAGAUGGAAAAAGGGGAUGUUCUUGCUGUUGCUAAAAUUGCUGGAAUUUGUGGUGCGAAGCAGACAAGCAAUCUUAUCCCGUUAUGCCACAACAUCAAUUUGUCGAAUGUCCAUGUGGAUUUAACAUUGAAUCCUCGUGAAUUUAGUGUCGAAAUAGUAGGGAAAGCUGUCUGCUCAGGGAAAACUGGGGUGGAAAUGGAAGCAUUGACAGCUGUCACGAUUGCUGGUCUUACGGUGUAUGAUAUGUGCAAGGCUGCUUCGAAGGAUAUUCUUGUUACAGAUGUAAGGCUUGAGCAUAAAACGGGAGGUAAAAGUGGGGACUGGUACCGCAAUAAAUGAUUUGGUUCUUUCUGUUUUUGGCUGUAAUAAUUUUAAACUCUCUGCUGUUCGGAAGAAUGUGGACUGAUAUUUGGAUACAUGGUUUACUUUUUUGGUAUUAAAUACCAUAAAUGAAAAUGCCGUUCAUAUUUGAAUUUUCUUUGGCUCUUUCUUUUUGGGUGGAAUUUCUACUGGAUUUUCUUUUCAAUCAAAAGCAGCAGUAGACCAACAAUGAAGAAAUUGGAUCACUUAAUACAAGAGUCAGGUAUUUGUUCCUCCAACUACAUUUUUGGCAAUCUUUAGCAUGAAAUAUUGUUUUGACGAUUUUUCGUAACUUGGAUGAAAAAUGCAAUCGAUGCAGGUUCACUUUCUUGCUGGAACUUCCUUUAUGUGGAACACAUACCGAAGGUGAUUUCACCGAGCAAAAUUAAACAGGUAUGCUUCGACAGGCAAGCUUCCUCACUUUAUCUCUUGCUUUAAACUGAUAUUUUCUUUAGUCAAUAUUAUCAUUCUUGAUAUUGUGUCAUCUGCUCUAUAAAAUAAUAGUCGAAACACGAACUGAAAAAAUAUCUUGCCCGGUAAAUAAUUUUAUCUGGCUCAUCUCAUUUGAAAAUUAUCGAAUUUUCUUCGCGUGAUUGAAGGUUUUUAGUGCAUGUUUUGACUUUUGAGUGACUACUAAGGUGGUCUUAUCUUUUCCCCACUUCUUGUAAUGAGAAGUGUGACACAAGACAUCUUGUUUCAAAGCUUAUAGACUAAGGUCACUCCAAUUCGAAUUUUCUUUUGUGAUAGAACACUUCUUUAGUCUAUAAACCAAAUUAUCUUUCCAGCAAAUUGGCCCCUUUUGCUUUGCUCUUUCAGGCCCACAUGUUUUUUGGACAUCAAUUAUGAUAUUGCACUAAGCCCUUCUUAAAGU